GGAUGGAAAGGUGGGUGAUGGGUGGGUGUGUGUAGUGUGGGGGGUUAGGUUAAACUAUAUACUAUCAUACUAUAGUUGGUGAAUAAAAAACGUCACGACGAGCAGCAUAAGGAUUUGUUAAUCCUGCAAUAAACAAUUUAUAUGUGUGUUUUUUUUAUCGUCAUUGUACGAGAAAUAGUAAAUAGGUAGUUUAAAUAUCAAGGAGUCAACGUUACGCCAAGCUAGGGUCUUUAUAACGAAACCCAGGAUGGCUAACCCUCUUGCAAACGUUCCUGUUUCGGAGAUUCUCAAGAAAAAAAGUACUUUUGAGGAUGAACCGAGGAAAAAGAGCAGGGAAGAUUGGCGGAAAGCUAAAGAGCUCGAGGAGGCGAGAAAAGCUGGUACAGCUCCAGCUGCUGUGGAUGAAGAAGGAAAAGACAUUAAUCCCCACAUUCCGCAAUACAUAAGUACCACACCAUGGUACUUUGGAGCAUCGGGCCCAACACUGAAGCAUCAGCGACCACAGCCAGAAAAGCAACGCGAGUUUAGUCGAUUGGAUGAAUGGUACAAGCGAGGAGUGGAUCCGUCUCGUACGGCAAAGAAAUAUCGCCCAGGAGCUUGUGAAAAUUGUGGAGCAAUAACUCACAAGAGGAAAGACUGCAUGGAGAGACCGAGAAAAGUCGGAGCACGUUUCACAAACACAAACAUUGCUCCUGACGAAUAUAUACAGCCUGAUUUGUCAAUCGAUUACGAUGGCAAAAGGGACAGGUGGGCUGGUUAUGAUCCAUCUGAACACAGAGCCAUAGUCGAAGAAUACCAAAAAAUAGAAGAAGCUAAGAGACAAAUGAGAGCGGACAAACUGAAUGCCGAAGAGAACGAUGAACAAGACUCCGAUAAAGAUGAGGAUAAAUACGUCGACGAAGUUGACAUGCCUGGUACUAAAGUUGAUUCAAAACAGCGUAUCACCGUCAGAAAUUUGCGAAUCCGUGAAGAUACCGCAAAGUAUUUGAGGAAUUUAGAUCCGAACUCGGCGUAUUAUGAUCCUAAAACGAGAUCUAUGCGUGACAAUCCUUAUGUCGGAACUGAAAGAGAAGUCGAUUACAAGGGUGAAAAUUUCGUACGAUUUUCCGGCGAUACCCAAGAACACGCAACUGCUCAACUAUUCGCUUGGGAUGCUCAUGAGAAAGGUGUCGACGUUCAUUUGCUCGCGGAGCCUACGAAACUCGAAUUACUCAAACAAGCCUACGACUCGAAACGAGACGAACUCAAGGACAAAGUUCGAAGCAGCGUUAUCGAUCGUUAUGGAGGUGAGCAGCACCUUCAAACACCGGAUCCUUCGCUUUUGCUGGCUCAGACUGAAAAUUACGUCGAAUACUCGAGAUGCGGAAAGAUAAUCAAGGGACAGGAGCGUCAAGUAAUCAGAUCGAAAUACGAGGAGGACGUUAUUCUGAACAACCACACGUCGGUGUGGGGUUCGUACUGGGAAUCAUUCCAAUGGGGAUAUCGGUGUUGUCACUCGUUCGUGAAAAAUUCGUACUGUACGGGCGAAGCGGGAAAGCGGGCGCUGGAGGCAUCGGCAGCCUCGACGUCGGGCGUCCCAGGCUCCGGCGAAGCAGCAGCAUCGAGUUCGAAAACACGAUCGGUCUCACCAGCAAAGUCUCACGCGGAAGAAUCGUCGAUGUUCAGAGCUGAUGGAAACGAUGACGAAAGAGGAAGGACGAUCUCGAGUCACGAAUCCGCGAGCGAUUCGUCGUCGGAAGACGAGCGGGAAACGAAAUCAAAAACCGAAAGAAAAUCAAGUUCGAGGAAGAAGAAACGACGUAAGCAAAAGGAAAAACGACGCGACAGGAGAAAGAGUGCUGCCAAAAAAGACGAGGAAGAGGAUAAAUUGAAAAAAGCUCUGGAGAAGGAGGCGGAGAACCAGAGAGAGGCAGAAAGGAUUUUAAAACUGGACGAAAGAAAGCGCCCUUACAACAGCAUGUAUCAUGCGAAAGAACCGUCCGCUGAGGAAAUUGAGGCUUAUCAAAUGAAACGACCACGAGAGGAAGAUCCGAUGAUGAGCUUUUUGGGAAAAUGAAAUAUUUCUCAGUCUCCGUUGUCUGUUAUUUAAAAUCCGAUAUUUUCAAUUCAAUAAAAUCUUAUGUACAUAAUA